CGGAGGGAGGGCUGUCGUUUAGAAAUGCAUGUAUGCCUCUGCCUGUGGCUAGCAGAGUAAUAGCUGUUAUGAAUGCAGUUGAUUGGGGAAAGUUUCAACAGGCCACAACAAUAUAAAUGGAAUAAAGAUGCUCACGGAGUAAGGGAAGGAUAAAAAAACAGAAUUAUCUGUUUUAUAAAGGUUCGUUUGAUUUUACAGCUCAGCAGUGAGGAUUGUAAAACCUUUGAAAUUGCAGUGGUGCCCCAUCUUUCCUGCCUGCAGGCAGGGUGAAUGGGACCAGGUCCAUCUGCUGGCCAGAUCAGGUCAGUGGGCCCAGUACAGCCACAUGGGUAUAUCAGGCCCUGCCCAAGCCAUAUCUGUGCACCUGGAUAGGGCCCCUGGCUCAACCCAGCUGCAUGUGAACAAUCCCUCAGCAUGGGAUCAGUCUGGCUAGGGCUGAUCCAGCCAGGGAGCAGUGCGGGUGUUAAUUGCUGCCACUCCCUACUGCUAAAUUUCUGGACCCAUAGGGAUACCUUUGGACUAGAUUACAUAGCUCUGCAGGCCAGGGAUUGAGGGUGUCUACAUGGAAUUAAGUUCAAACUGAAGGCAUUAUACUUGAAGUUUGGAAGAGAUUUAUUUUUAUAUUCGAUACAAAUUAUCUGUUUAUGCAUAAACCACAUGCUGAACACAGCUGGAUAGGUCUCUUGUACCCAGUGAAUUGUGAACAGUGCUGCUUCUUUUAAGUAACGGUUGGGUGUGUUCUCUUUGGCUUUGUUGGCAGAGAUUGGAAUGCAGAAUAGAAAUACACAUCUCUAAGGGAACUGCUGUUGAAGUUGACAAUGAGCGAGGUGCUCGCUUUACAGGAAAAGCAAGAGGAUGAGGAGGGAGAGGAAAGUGAAGAAGAUGACAUGACAUGUGGAGACUUGGGAAAUGGACUUGGAAGAAGACCUGGUGGUGUCUAUGAAAUGGGUGGUUUAAAUGUGCUCACAUUUAGAUCUAGGAAAGGUUCUGAUAAGAUUUUCAGCCCUUUUCUCUCCAUGAAGAAAAUGGAAGAAAAGGAUGUGGCUGUUUUUCACUGUUCAAAAUGUAAUGGGUUAUAUGAUGUUUCAUCCAAGAAGUUUGGAAUAAUUGGAGCUGCUAGUUUCAGCCGACAAAAUAGCUCUGAGUCUAAUUAUGAAGUGCCAAAUGAAGAAUUAAAGCAACACCUUCAAGAAGCUCUAGAGGAGAUAGAGAUUUUAAAAGUUGAACUGGAAACAUCACAAAGACAACUUGAAGGGAAAGGUGAAGCAUUAAGAAUUCUACAAAACAUGGCUGUGUUUAAUAAAGCCACUAGUCAUACAAAGGCAAUGCUUCAAAAAGCUGAGGAAGAAAAGCGAACUUUAGAAAAGGAAAUAAAUGCUUUGCAAUGGGAGAUUGAAUAUGAUCAGGAUCGAUUUAAAAACAUAGAAGAGACCUGGACAGAAAAAUAUGAUAGGAUAUAUUGUGAAAAUGCAGCUCUUAAGGAAACGCUGAAACUGAGAACAGAUGAAGUCAAGAGUCUUAAAUCUGAAAAUACAAUUCUGAGUCAGCAGCACUUGGAAUUUCUUGCAAUGCUUGAUGUGAAACAACAGAAAAUUGUUCAGGAAAACAUGUCUUUUAAAACUGGAUUUACAGAUAUUACAGGUCUUGAAUUGGCAGUUCUUGGAGCCUGCACCUGUAAUCCUUCUGGAGAGCCCUGUUCCUGUGCCAAAAUGUCAGCUGUAACUCGAAAGCAGCUCCUGCAGCUCAAACAAGAGAUUGAACGUCUGAAGAAAAGUAAAGAUGAAGCUUACAUAAUGGCAGAUGCCUUCAGGAUUGCAUUUGAGCAGCAGUUAAUGCAGAGGAAGGACCAGGCUCUGAGGUUCACACAAGUGAAUAAGCUCCAUAAAAAAGAAACAAAAUUUAUAAACUGGAAACGUCUAAAAGAGGAUGGACACAUCACUUUACAAGGGAACAAGAAAAGUCUGGGACAAAAAUUAGCAGGCAUGCUCAUUUCUGAUGCAGACUGUAGGAAAAUGGAAGAAUUGGAUAAUCCUCAUGAAGCACUUCGGGUGUUGGUAGAUUUGCUGAAUGAUAAAGAGGAAGCUUUGGCUCAUCAGAGAAAGGUUAGUUACAUGCUGGCCCGUGCAAUGGAAUUAAAAGAGGAAACUUCAAAGCAAAGUAAAGAAAAUAAUCUUUCAGGAGAGAGCAUAACUCAGGAGAACUGUCAAUACAGCACCACAGAAUCCCAAGAAUCAUCUCAUUGUGCAUAUUCUUGUUGCCAAAAUCCCGGUUCUCAGAACAGCACUUGCUCAACUUACAAUACAAAAGUACUUAAAAAUUCAUUGAGAUCACUUAGAAAAUCAUAUUCCUGGCCCCCUGGGACCAUGCAUUGUAAAGAAAAUGAUGUACAUGAAAUAGGUAAAACUACAGAUGUCGACUCCACAUCUUAAAUACACUUGGAAUUUAAAAGAAGAAAAAUGUCUGGUAAUGCCAAGGGAUAAGGAAACCUACAGAAGUUGAAUGUUAUCCAGGAAGUGCCAAACAUGUAAAUGUUAUAUUUGUAAUCAAAAUCCCAGGAAAAUCUGUUGUAUAAGCUAU